AAUGCCAGAGAAUCAUUGACAACCAUGGAGGCAAGACUGGCUCACUAUCAUAUCCUCAACCAGGUACGAUCCAUGGCCAAUAAGACCUUCCCCCCAGAAAACAGCACCAUGGAUUAUUACUACUACAAUCACUCCUGGUCUGAAGAUCCAGUCUAUCUCUUCCCAGUGCCAGUCCUCACAGGAAUAACUGUCACUUGCAUAUUGCUGUUCAUCAUUGGGAUUUUUGGGAACAUCAUGACUAUGUUGGUGGUGUCCAAGUACAAAGAUAUGAAGACUACAACCAAUCUAUAUUUGUCUAGUAUGGCAUUUUCAGACCUGCUCAUCUUUGUGUGCAUGCCUCUUGACCUGUACAGACUAUGGCAGUACCGACCCUGGAAUUUUGGGAACCUCUUGUGUAAGCUCUUCCAGUUUAUCAGUGAAAGUUGCACUUACUCCACAAUCCUGAAUAUCACUGCCCUGAGUGUGGAGAGGUAUUUUGCCAUCUGCUUUCCCCUCAAAGCCAAGGUGGUCAUCACUAAGGGCAAGGUAAAGCUGGUGAUCUUUGUGCUAUGGGCAGUGUCCUUUGUCAGUGCUGGACCCAUCUUUGUCUUAGUUGGGGUUGAACAUGAGAAUGGUACCAAUCCUAUAGAGACAAAUGAAUGUAAAGCUACAGAGUAUGCUGUGAAGUCGGGUCUGCUCACUAUCAUGGUCUGGACAUCCAGUGUCUUCUUCUUCUUGCCUGUCUUCUGCCUCACUGUCCUCUACAGUCUUAUUGGAAGAAAACUGUGGCGGAGAAAGAGGGACUCUAUAGGACCAAAUGCCUCCCAUAGGGACAAGAAUAACAAACAGACUAUAAAAAUGCUAGCUGUCGUUGUAUUUGCCUUCAUCCUGUGCUGGUUGCCCUUCCACGUGGCACGCUACUUGUUUUCCAAGUCUUUCGAAGCUGGAUCCUUGGAAAUUGCUCUGAUAAGCCAGUACUGUAACUUAGUUUCCUUUGUUCUUUUCUACCUGAGUGCUGCCAUUAACCCUAUUUUAUAUAACAUCAUGUCAAAAAAAUACCGUGUGGCUGCAUGCAGACUUUUCCGACUAAAAAGGAUUUCCCGCAAAGCACCAUACACCACAAAUGAUGAGAGUUCUCCCGCCUGGACAGAGUCUAAUGUCAGCACAUAACAAAAAAAUGUCCACACAAGGAAGAGAUGGGCUACUUGUACAA